AUCACCAUGCGCAAUGCCAAGCGUUGUCUGGAGUGGUGUAAAGCGCGCCGCCAUUGGACUGGAGCAGUGAAAACGCGUUCUCUGGAGUGAUGAAUAAUGCUUCACCAUCUGGCAGUCCGAUGGACAAAUCUUGGUUUGGUGGAUGCCAGGAGAACGCUACCUGCCCGGAUGGAUAGUGCCAACUUUAACAUUUGGAAUAUAAUGGUCUCGGGCUGUUUUUCAUGGUUCAGUGAAGGGAAAUCUUAACAUUACAUCAUACUUUCUAGACGAUUCUGUGCUUCCAACUUUGUGGCAAUAGUUUGGGGAAGGCCAUUCCUCAAGCUCAGCAUGACAAUGCCCCUGUGUACAAAGCGAGGUCCAUACUGAAAUGGUUGAGAACGGUGUGGAAGAACUUGACUGCCCUGCACAGAGCCAUGACCUCAACCCCAUCUAACACCUUCGGGAUAAAUUGGAACACAGACUGCGAGCCAGGCCUAAUCGCCCAACAUCCGUGCCCAACCUCACUAAUGCUCUUGUGGCUGAAUGGAAGCAAGUCCCCGCAGAAAUGUUCCAACAGAUUCUAGUGGAAAGUCUUCCCAGAAGAGUGGAGGCUGUUAUAGCAGAAAAGGGGGGACCAACUCCAUAUUAAUGCCCAUGAUUUUGGAAUGAGAUGUUUGACGAGCAGGUAUCCACAUACUUUUGGUCAUGUAGUGUAGUUUUAUUUACAAAUUGAACUAGCUAGCUACACUACAAGUAAAUCCGCUCUCUUGACCAUAGUUUCUUGUCUGGAUACGGGUGGAACUAAAAUAGGGACUUGAAGUACAUCGGACAUAAACAACAAGCACACAUUUAACGCGUACAUUUUUUAAACAAAAUGAGUGAAAGAAGCACCGAUUUCUUUUGAGAUAUUUUGAAUGACAGUUGUUAUUUGAAAUGUCUGAGCUGGCAUUGGAUGAAAUGUCCGUUUUAUCAGCAAUAUACUGUGAAAAGGACGAAUUUGAGCUACUUGAGAAAUCAGCAGAAAAGGGACUUGUAUUCCGCAUCCAGAUGGAGGUGGAAGCAGCCACCAGUGAGAGAACUCUUUUGAGUCUCCUCUUCCAGCUGCCAACAGAGUACCCCCACUGUGUCCCAAAAAUAAGUGUCAGCUCUAAACAGCUCUCCAGGAAACAAUGCCAACACAUCAAGCAGAGUCUGCUGGAAAAGGCCUCCGCACUGGAGCCAGACCCCAUGGUUCAUGAACUACUGCUGUGGCUCCAACAGAACUUCACUGAACUUACUUUAAAUGACCAGUCCCUGGUGGAGGUGCAAGAGGAGGUUGGUGAGGAGGAGACGUGGAUAGCUCUUUUUCUAAUAGACCAUAUGAGGUCCAAAACAAAAUAUAUAAAGGCAAUUGAAAAGUGGAGCUCGGAUUUGGGGCUCACCGGAAGGCUGUUCUUGGGGAAGUUGAUACUGGUCCUUCUGCAAGGCGCAAGGAGGAGUAUCAAGGAAUACAUCCAUCUCCAGAGAACUGUGAAAGUAGAUGUGGAUUCAUCAGGAAAGAGAUGCAAAGAGAAGAUGAUGAGAGUUCUUUGCGAAACCCAAGUCUCAGACCUCAAACGGAUCUCAUCUUUUGAAAUCAAAGAGUUUUUGUCCCUCGAGGAGCUACAAAGGGAGUUUGAGCAAGUUGGACUAUUGAAACUGUACCAAGAGUUUGUGGCCACAUUGCCGUAGCCAUCAUGGCUUUUGUCAAGUCAUGCUUUUCCAGACUGGUGCAGAUUAUGUGAACUUUAUACUUUUCAUAUGACAGUCAACAGAAGGACUAAUCUAAACAUCUGAUUAACAUUCAGUUAUGGGUUACAUUUGUGCAUUGAAGGUAUUCAAAAGGUUUUUCUACCAUCCACAUGAUGGCAGCAAAGUCUACCAUUUGAAUCAAAUAUUUGUAAAGUUGUUAGUUUAUUCAAAUCUUUUUUUUUUUUUUUGUCACACACUGGAUAGGUGCUUUGAAUGUGUUAUACAGGGUCAGCCAUAGUAGUACAGCACCCCUGGAGCAAAUUACUGUCAAGUGCUUUGCUCAACAGCACAUCGACAGGUUUUUCACCUUGCCAGCUCAGGUAUCCACUUAGGCUAUUCCCUAGUUGAAAAGUUGUGCCUUGCUUUCUACUCCUGAAAGAUUUGUUCCUCCUUCUUGUACCUCUUCAUCAGACGAAAUACACGAAGGUUAAGGUCAUAUAGAAAAACUGCUAUAAAGUGGUCCACAAAUCUCUGAUGUUACAUGAAAGUUGCAUCAUAGGACUUAGCUUCGGAUUGCGUAUAGGAUGUUGUAUACAGAUGCGUAUCGUUCCGAUGCCUAGCGUCUGAAAUUAAUAACAGUCAUACAGUUUUAGCCUCGCGAGCCACCCUGAUUUCGCAAGCUUACAUACAGUGCAUUCGGAAAGUAUUCAGAUCCCUUGACUUUUUCCACAAUUUUGUUACAUUACAGAUUUGUUCUAAAAUGUAUUAAAAAUAAACAUUUCUACAUAGAA